AUGCUUGCGGCCCGGCAGCCAUGUGCAUACUGGUGCCUCCAGAACGAGAUCGGACAGCAGCUGGACUUUCUUGCGCGCUGCCUUGUUCUCCGUGCCCUUCUGGAUGUUGGGGACGUGGUGCCCGAGGAGCUGCGGUCGCUGCGGGCCCGUGGAAAGGAGCUUCGGGCACAAGCUACCUGCGAAAGCGUGGUGUCGGGCAUGGGGUGUGCUUUCGUCUGCUUGGCAUCGGCAGCGACGAGUCGUGCGACGAAGGCCGUUGUUGUGGCCAACAAACAGGGCGCUUUUUACAACCUCGUGCUGUUGUCCACAUUGGGGACCCAGGCAGCUGCGGAGCUUCUGUUGGGGACGGGUGCGGCGACAGACUCGGACGACCUGCACGAGAAGAUCCUGGAGAUUAGACGGCGCCACCGGGGUAAUCCAGCGGCACUUGUGGAUGACACCGUGCAGGCCGGAGCAGUCUUGAAGCGAAGGCUGCUCGGUGUCAAUGUCAAGGCCGCGUGGCAGCGCCUCCUGGACACUGUACCCGCCAACCCGGCAAAGCCGGCAAUGAAGCGGGGGCCAGAAUGGCGUGCGAAAUCAGGCAUCAUGCAGGACCUCAAAAAGGCCCUGGAGAGUUUGGCCAAAAGCCAGCGGUUGCACAUCCGCAAGAAGAGCGGGGAGCGAUGGGAUCCCACCAAUUGGAUUGUGGAACUCCCUUCUUGA